GUAAUUCACCUCGGUUACUCCCCUACCAUUCAUUGCGCAUGGAAAUAUCUUACUCCAGUGUCAGCUGUCAACGGACGAAAGCAAUUGUCGCAAUACACCGAGACGUUGGCAUGAGCUUGAUGUACCUGUGCUUAUGCCGCUAGCUGGGAUCAUGACGCGUUUGAUUCAUCAGCGCAGCCUCGCAUAAACGUAUAGCCUUUAUCGACAGCAUUCCACAUCAAGUCCAGUUUGAACGGGUUUUAGCCCUAACCAGUGCAUCGUGGAAUUGAGAAGCUCUCUACUGAUGCUUUACUGUUUAGCACUUUAUCAUUGCAGGGGUGGACGGCACGAUUUAUCGGGGGCUAAUGUAUCUCCCCGAAACAGUGCGGUCGAGCUAAGGUAUCACCUAUUCACCAUAACAAAAUUCCGCGCGGUGCUCCACCGGGCUAUCCAGACCGGCUUGCGGGAGGGAGCAGACGACAUCCAGAUCAACGGAGCCUUGCAGCUCCAAAUCGGCUGGAUGCACAUCCACGAUCCAACCCGACACGUACCAAGUCAUGCCCUCUUAUUAUUUAUCAGAUACCAGACAAAUGUCCGGCGGAAUAGACGUGUACAGCCUACCACCAAAAGGGUGGUACAGCCCGCUGCAAAGUCUUAGAUAACAAAAUGCAUGCAAAAGUGGCAACAGUACUGACAUUCUGAGCAUGCUAUCCCUACAAACCAUAUAAGAAAAUAAAACACCACACCAUAGAAUAUGGUCUCAUUGGACUGUUCCACCUACAGCUCAUAUGGUUGGAGGG